CGGCAGAAGCGGAACACGAGCGGUGUUUUGGCGUGGGGUUUUGGGGUGUUUGGUGCUCGGUGUGGUAGCUAGCUGUUUAAAUACAUCCGUGGGUAGCUGUCAUGGCUGCCCACAGUAACAACUUUAUCCGCGUGCGCUUAUACUUUGACUACCCGCCGCCGGCUGUCGUUGAUUGUCGCAUGUGCUGGCUGCUCGUGGACUUGAACACAUGUCGCGUGGUGGCGGAUGUGGAGAGCAUCAUCAGAGAGAAGUUUGAGUUCAGUCGCAGAAGCAUCCUCAACCUCUUUAUAGAAGACUGCUACCUGCCGCACACAGAGAGCGUCUACGUGGUGCGGGACAACGACAGCGUCAGGGUGAAGGUGGACUGUCUGGCUGAGGUGAAUGGGCACAGCAGCUGUCCAGAUACAGCAAGUGAAAACUGCAGAAAGAGACCCAGACCCACAGAGGAGGAUGGGCCAGGAGAAAAUGGACUGAGCGUUGAAUGUAAGAAAAAAAGAAGUAAAAAAAGGAGCAAGGAGAGCCUGGAGAGGGAUACCAAGCAGGCGUCAGGUGAUGAGAGGAAUAAGAAGUCACCAGAAAAACACACAAAGAAGAAGAAGAAGAAAAGAAAGAAGGCAGAGGAAAAGGACCCGACCGUCACCCCCAAACCAGUUGCUUCUACCAAAACAAAAACAGCGAGUGUAGAGCAGCCAGUUAAAAGCACCAAGAAGCCCCCCGUGGUCCAAGCAAAAACACAGAAUGUCUCCUCUUCAGAUUCCAGUAGCAGCAGUAGUGACGAGGACGACGCUCCUAAAAAGCCAGCUGCCCAAAAACCAGCACCCAAAACCGCCUCCUCCACCCCUGCUGUCGCCAAGGCGCCUCCAACCACCAAACCCACCCAGACAAAAUCCCACCCACCUUCGUCAUCCUCCUUAGAAACCGACUCCUCUUCUGACGAGGCCAGCGCUGUAAAAAGCCUGCCGAAAAACAACCGUUUAACCUCCACAACCCCUAAAGGAAGACUGAGCGAUAGCUCAACAUCUCAGCAGGCUCUUCCUGCCCCGCAGUCCGUCAACGGUGCACAGAAACAGGCUGCGAGCGCAGCGGCGGCCCCUAAGGAUAAAACGGAGGCGUCUAGUAGUUCCGACAGCGAAGAGGAGAUCAAGCUGGUUAUCCGACGGCCAGCGCAGCGGCCGGGCCACAGUUUGGGCAGUCAGCCGUCUUGGAGAGGCCGCGGCCGAGGACAAACCAGGCACGGCGGUCCUGAAGAGAACGGAAGGGGUGAAGGCAGAGGAGUCGCCAGGGGGCACAGCGGCAGCUUUGAGUUCCGCUAUAACGGAGCCACGGAGCCGUCCUGUCACACUGAUUCCCUGACCAACAUGUCAGUGGUCCUCCAGAACGCAGCGGAAGCUGCUCCCAAACGGGACUACAGCUCCAUGCCCCUGCUAGCCGCCCCUCCACAGGUGGGGCAGAAGAUUGCCUUCAAGUUACUGGAGCUAACGGAGAACUAUACACCACAGGUAUCAGAGUAUAAGGAGGGAAGGAUUGUAAGCUUUGACCUCACCACCAAACAGAUUGAGCUGGAACUGCUUAAUGCCUCUCAAGCUCCUGUAGAGCCUGGCAAGUUUGACCUGGUCUAUCAGAACGCAGAUGGCUCGGAGAGCGUGGAGUAUGCAGUGUCCAGAGGCUCUCGGGUGACAGAACGGUGGGACUCCCUGCUGGAACCAAGGCUGAUCAUUUAAAUGGGACUAAACACUGACUUUGUACACCUUUUCUCUGAUUAACUUUAUUUCAGAAUCCUUCAUCUUGUACAUCGGUGCCUAAGUUAAACUGGAGAGAGUCACCUCUGUACUUUGCAUAAUGACAGCUAAGGGAUGUGAUUGAGGUUGAUUAUACAUUCUUCUCUGUACAUCUAAACAUGUCAUCACUUUGCACAGAAGAGCCACUGCAGGUGUAAGUAUUGACUACAAUUGUUGCAUUGAAUUAGGUUUAGACAUGAAAUGCAAUAGUUUUUAAAUAUGUAGGUGGAAUGAGGCCUGGGACAUAAUGGUUUUAUGUGUUGUACAGUGAUGUGACUGUGGAUAUCGGUCUUGUAUAAACCUUUUUCUAAUAAAAACUCUUAGGGAAGA